AUGAUGGCGCUUACUCAACUGUUACCUUCCUCUCCAGAAAAGCUCUUCUUUCUCUCCAGCUUCUUCCUCCCUUCACUUCCUCCGGAGAUUCGCAGAUGUAACCUAGUUACUAAAACCAGCUCCAAGAAAUUCCGAAGUUUGUCUUUGGACGUCUCCUGUUCAGCUCACAAGAUCGUCCGGAGUCCAUCUCUAGACAAACAUGUAGUGAAGCAGUACAGAGUUCGGUUUGUGCAGAAGCUGAAAACUCUACUCCUCUCUAAACCAAAACACUUCAUUCCAAUUCAAAUCCUCUACAAAUGCCGAUCUUACCUCUGCAUCGAAAACCCUCGCACAAUCGUCUCCAUGAUCCGCCGCUAUCCCACAAUCUUCGAACUCUUUACAACCCCUACACCACAUUUGCCUAUCAAUGCCACCAAGCCCUUAUCUCAGCUCUGUGUCCGUAUGACGUCAGCUGCAUCCUCCCUUGCCAUGCAAGAAUUGAACCUAAAGUCUGAAAUUUCUGAUAAGUUAGCCACUAAGCUUCAGAAGCUGCUAAUGCUGUCGUCUCACCGCAGGUUGCUUUUGUCUAAACUUGUUCAUAUUGGUCCGGAUUUUGGCUUCCCUCCUAAUUUCAGGUCUCGCCUCUGCAAUGAUUAUCCUGACAAGUUCAAGACUGUGGACACUUCUUACGGAAGAGCGUUAGAGCUUGUCUCUUGGGAUCCCGAAUUGGCGAAGCAAAUGCCGUCUCCUGAGGUUGAUAGACGUUUGAUCGUUGAUCGUCCUUUGAAGUUCAAGCGUUUGAAUCUCCGGAAAGGUUUAAACUUGAAGAGGAGACACCAAGAUUACUUGAUCAGAUUCAGAGACUCACCUGAUGUGUGUCCUUACAACACAUCGACUGAGUGUCUGGCGAGCGAGUCGAUUGAGGCGGAGAAGCGAGCUUGCGCGGUUGUAAGAGAAGUGUUGGGGUUAACGGUGGAGAAACGGACUUUGAUAGACCAUUUGACACAUUUCAGGAACGAGUUUGGUUUACCAAACAAGUUAAGAUCAUUGGUAGUGAGACAUCCAGAGCUGUUCUAUGUGAGUAUCAAAGGCACUAGAGACUCUGUGUUCCUCGUCGAAGCGUACAAUGACAGUGGCGAUCUUGUAGAGAAAGACGAGACGUCGGUGAUCAGAGAACGUUUGUUAGAUCUUGUUCAAGAAGGGAAGAGACUUAGACGUGAACGGAGAAGGAAAGGGGCCAUACUCGGCGAUAAAAGCAUGAAGGAGAAGAGACAGGAUGAUGAUAACAGUGAUGGAGAGAUCAGUGAUCUGGAUGAUGAAUAUGAAGAUGGGUUUGAGAAUUUGUUUGAUUCUGAAGAUUCAGGUGUUGAAUAUCAUUUUGAUGAAGAGGAUGGUGACGAGGCAUGGGUUAGUAGUGGUGAAACUGUAGAGUAUUGGAGUAGAAAGCUUUCUUCUUCUGCUUCUGAUAGUAACAAUGAUGAAACAAAAAGUGUUAUUGAAUCAUGGUGA